AUGACUUUCCCUGAAGGCUCCAAUGGCAGCUCGGAUGGGAACUACACCGGAGAGGCGGAGGGCGCCAACGGCUCUUGGGCGGGAGAGGGCGAAGGCGCCAACGACACCUCCUUGGCCGUGACCCUGGACCUGCAGUCGGUGGGCGUGGGGCUCUUCCUGGCCCUCUUCAUCCUCUCGGCCAUCGUGGGCAACAUCCUGGUCAUCCUCUCGGUGGCCUGCAACCGUCACCUGCAGACGGUCACCAACUACUUCAUCAUCAACUUGGCCAUCGCCGACCUCCUCCUCAGCACCACCGUCCUGCCCUUCUCGGCCACCUUGGACGUGCUGGGCUCCUGGGUCUUCGGCCGCAUCUUCUGCGACAUCUGGGCCGCCGUGGACGUCCUCUGCUGCACCGCCUCCAUCAUGAGCCUCUGCAUCAUCUCGGUGGACCGGUACAUCGGGGUCAAGUACUCCCUCAAGUACCCCACCAUCAUGACGGAGAAGAAGGCCGUGGUCAUCCUGGUGGUGGUCUGGGUCUUGUCCAUGGUCAUCUCCAUUGGGCCCCUCUUGGGGUGGAAGGAGCCCAGGCCUCAAGAAGCCAACGUCUGCACCAUCACCGAAGAACCCGGCUACGCCAUCUUCUCCUCCCUCUUCUCCUUCUACCUGCCCCUCACGGUCAUCCUGGUGAUGUACUUCAACAUCUACGUGGUGGCCAGAAGGACCACCAAGAGCUUGGAGGCCGGAGUCAAGAAGGAGAGGAGCAAGUCUAUGGAAGUGGUCCUUCGGAUUCACUGCCGGAGCGUGCUGGAGGACUCCCUCGCCAGCACCAAGGGGAAAGGGCACACCUUCCGGAGCUCGCUCUCCGUGCGCCUCCUGAAGUUCUCCAGGGAGAAGAAAGCAGCCAAGACGCUCGCCAUUGUCGUCGGAGUUUUCGUUCUCUGUUGGCUGCCCUUCUUUUUUGUACUACCUUUCGGUGCCUAUUUCCCUUCUCUGAAGCCCUCAGAGAUCGUUUUCAAGGUCAUCUUCUGGCUGGGCUACUUCAACAGCUGCGUGAACCCCAUCAUCUACCCGUGCUCGAGCAAAGAAUUCAAGAGAGCCUUCAUCCGGCUUCUGAAAUGCCAGUGCCGCCGGAGGAGAAGGCCCAUCUGGCGGGUGUACGGCAACCACUGGCGAGGAGCCUCCAUAAACGGGGCCGGGCAAGAUUCCGACGGGGAAUCGAGGUCUAGGGUGUCUACCAUCAACGGCUCCUUCAUCUUGAACUCCGGCAGCCUGGAACGGUCCGGUAAGAGGAGAACUCUGAACUUCAAGAGGUGGAGGAUGUUCCCGCCUUUCCAAAAACCGACGAGCCAACUGAAAGAAAAAAUGAACAGCCUCUCGAACAAGAUACGGGGAGGCUCCCUCAAAGGGGGCAUGACGGCCUCCUACACAACGGAGGUGGAGUCUGUCUCCAUAGGGAUCCCCAACGAUUUCAUGGAGUCUAUCGACUACCCGAUGUACAACGAACUCAUGGACUCGGAGUCCCACGGUCUCAGCGAAACGGAUAUUUGAAUGCCUCUGAGGAUAAACGUUUGGGGUUUCGUUUGGCUUGGCCUCCGUACGGUUACCUGACCUAGUUGGAUGUACAAUCUGGAGAAGACAGAAGAAGGCGACGGGAUUGUCUAAUCACAGCAUGUUGACCGUGGAUGAGCAUUCCGCGGAGAGGAAAUACUAUUCGCCGCACGGACAAUCAAUCCAUACAAACUUUGAGACAAGGGUAGAGAAUUUGAUUGGUGUGGAGGCAGCAAGAAAUAGUUGUUUCCCCUCGUAGGGAGGGAUGAUACCUUAACACGAAAGGCUGCAUCCGUCAUAAAAUGUGCCGCAAACACUUCACACAUGUUACCAUGACAUCCCCUAUGAUAUGCUGAGGUUCAGGAAUAAAUUAUGCAAAAUGAAUACGGAUUUUGCUAAAAUUUGCCCAGCAGGUACAUUUUAUUGCAUUCGUGGCUGAAGGCUGCAUUUAGGGGCUAUGCAGGAGCAGAAGGAAAAGGAAGAAGUAGUUUUGUGAGGGCGCUUAGAGAGGAACAGGAAGGAAGAGACGGGAGCAGGUAGCCAAUCA